AUGCUUUUCAGGUCAUCAAAAGUUUUUGAAGGCAUCGUUGGAAACAAACUCGCCAUGGAUACCUCGCUCAUUUCUUCUAUGGAAUGUAUCAAAGUAAAAGUGCUUAGCGAAAGCAUAGCUUUCAUAACAGUCAUAUUUGGACAAGAUGCGGCUGCCGUUAUUUCCACUAUCUUGUCUGUGAUUGUUAUAAGAAAAUGUGGUUCUCUUUGUUUUCACAUAAAUUGCAAGAUUCUUAUGACUUCGCUGCUAUUGUUUUAUAUUGCGCACUCGCUCUUCAUCAUCACUCUACAGACUACGCAACUGGUUCACUAUAUCGCUUACAAAAAUCCAUGCGAUAUGGGACUUAGCAGAGAUAUCUGCUUUUCGUUACGCUAUCCUGCCACAGUGUGCAUGGUUGCGUGCGCUGUUCUCCAGUGUGCCAUGGUGAUCGAACGCGGUGUUGCACUCUCAAAACGUGAAAAAUACGAACAGUACGGUUCAAAAAUGGGUCUGACGUUCGUGGUCGUUGCAAUCAUAUUGUCAAUGGCAUUGUGUCUCUGGGCGAUGCAACCGAAUGAUUUCGCCGUCCGUUCCUCAUACUGCUCAUCUGCAACUGUCUCAACUUCAUGGAAAAUUAUGGUUUUAUGUUUCGGCUUAUGCGGUGUGGACGUGAUAACGUUACUUGGAAUUUUCUUCCUUUAUACAUUCAAUGAUGCAGCACUAAAAAGGAAAAUUUUCCACCUACACGUUACUUAUCAACUUCGCGAAAAUAGUCGCGUAAUUCGCUUCAUUUUUCCACUAACUCUUUUCCAAACAAUUUGCUAUGCAUGUUCUACUGCAUGUUUGGGCAUGGUAGCUCUCUAUCAUGACUAUAUCUCCUUUCUCGCUUACAACAUAUUGUUUGCUGGAGCAUAUAUCAUUCCCUAUUACACCAUGAUCGCUCCAAUAAUCACAUGGUUCAUUAUCAAGUGGUCUCAACAACUAAGAGAAACAAAACUCAAGGCUCUCCAACAUCAAAAUUCAAACGAAAAAGAUGUCUACUUCAAAACUUAUGCCAAUAUGUGGAAGUAA